AUGUUGUCCCUGACAAUAGAAAGGAAAAUUCUUGAAAAGUCGAAUGAGAGAUCUACGCAGCAACUGGAGAAGCUGAGUAAGCAAUUCCAGAGGAAUUUAGCUGCAAAAGAGGUGUCGAUUGAGGUGGAAGUAAGCGAAGAGCAUGCAGAAUGGUUGGAAGAGAAAUUUCAGUUGCCUGGACGUCCAUCUCAAAGUGAUGCUGUCUCUCAAGAAAAGAAAAUGGAAUUAGCGCUUCAGCAGACGAAAAAAGAGCUGCAGCAUGACGGACAAGAUGCACGGCAAGCCAAAGAGGAAUUAGGCACAACAUUGAGGAAUACCAAGUGGAGGAUUCUGUCUAUGGAAUCAAAAGAUGGGCGUCUUACCAAGGUGAUUGAGGACUUACAAAGACAAUUGAAGGCGGAAAAAGACGAACUUGAGGAAAUGCGAGGUACGGGGAGUGGUAUGGGUGGUAGGGAGAAAAGAAGAUUAAAAGCUAAAAUUGCGCUCAGGGCUAAUGUUUGUGCAAUUCAUCUGCGGCGACAGGUAGAUGAAAUUGAAAAGGAAUUGUUUCGUGAACGGGUGAAGUGUCAAGAAAAUCGGAGACCGAAGCGGAAUAAUUUCAGCGGUCAUCGGGUGCAUUUGCAAAACAAUGCUACUCAAGACAACCCUGUUACCGCAGAGACAGAAGGACCGGAUGCGACAAACUGUUCAAAACGUGGUAUUUAG